CUCUACCGGGAUGUGAUGUUGGACAACUUCAGGAACCUCGCCACGCUGGGAUUUCGCAGCUCUAGACCAGACUUCGUCUUUCACCGGGAACAGUGGGAUGAGCCAUGGGUUGAAGACUGGGGGAGACCUGAGUUUCAGAAAGUGCAGAGGGGUCCUUGCCCAGGGGCAAGGAAAUCUUUGGCCCACAAGAGACACUGUGAUCGGCUGACUUGGGCUCAUGAGAAAAUCCACAUGCGAGAAAGGGUCAAGGAAGGAGGCAGCUUUAGGAAGAGCUUCACUCUGAACUCAGAUAAUGUGCAGCUUCCUAAUGCUGCUUCAGAAAACAAAGACCCUAAGCCUGCAGCAUUCCAGUGCAAGGUGCGUGGAAAGUGCUGUGGGCAUCAGUUAGGCCACAGGGAGCACCAGAAGUGCCGCACCACAGAGCUCUCGUUCAUCUGUGGCACAUGUGGGAAGGUAUUGAGCUGCCACAGCCGGCUGGUCGCUCACCAGACAGUACACACAGGGACCAAGGCCUUUGAGUGCUCUGAAUGUGGCCAGACCUUCAGGUGGGUUUCAAACCUUCUGCGCCACCAGAGAAAUCACACAACCGAGAAGCCCUUCAGUUGUGAGGUGUGCGGCCAGGCCUUCAGCUUGAAAGAUCGCCUUGUUCAGCAUCGUAAGAUUCACACUGAGCACAGGCCCUACUUGUGUGGUGACUGUGGGAAAGCCUUCAAGCAGAAGUCAAACCUUCUUAGACACCAGCUGGUACACACUGGGGAGAGGCCUUUCUAUUGUGCUGACUGUGGCAAAGCCUUCCGGACCAAGGAGAACCUCAGCCACCACCAGAGGGUUCAUAGUGGAGAGAAGCCUUACACCUGUGCCGAGUGUGGCAAGGCCUUCCGGUGGCCCAAGGGCUUCAGCAUCCACCAGAGGCUACACCUGACAAAGAGGUUCUAUGAGUGUGACCACUGUGGCAAAGGCUUCCGCCACUUGGGCUUCUUCACACGCCAUCAAAGAACUCACAGACAUGGGGAAGUAUAGAGUUGCUCACAGGUGUUGGGUUCUGCACCUCUGUAGGAGUACUGGGCCUUGAGGAAGAGUUGUAAUGAGAAGUCACUCUUUAGCCUGGAAAAUCAACUUGAAAAGAAGCCGCCUCAGUCUUCAAAGCUUCCCAAACCCCCCAAAAAGUUCUACCAGGAAAACUGCCACACAGGAGAAGCAGAUGCAUGAGUACACCAGGGAGACAGCAGUAGCUGUACCCAUGGUGCAGAGCACCCUGGGGAUGCACAGUGUGUGCGCCAAGAUCCUGUGCAGCCCUAGAGCCACACCAAUCCUGGGCUCAGAUUCAGAAAACUCUACUCUGUGCCUGCGGCUGUCUCAGCUAAGAGACUCCAUCUCAGCCCCAAAGGUCACUCCAUGUAUACUUUAACUUUCCUUCUUGGCUCCUCCUCACCUGUGUUCACUCCCCGGUCUGUCUUUCCUUCCUGUCUGUCUUUGGCAAGGUAGCUGUGAGCGUUGCACAGAAGCAAAGCCCCUCCUUCAACCACAGCAAGUGCUACUUAGAAAUGAGAACCUUUCUAAUAUUGUGAGCUCACUGAAGGAUUAGGAGAAGAUCUCAGUUCACAACCAGAGUUGUGGUUAGCAAACUCUGCAUGUGGGGAAGGCAUUCAAUCUGGUGACUGCAGGACUGUGUGGACAGUCACAAGUUUGUUGAAACCACAUCAUCACAGCACCAUUCCUCUGGUGCAGCUUCUCCAGUUGAAACUGAUUCUUGGAUAUUGGAUCUUUGGUAAAACAGCACUGCAUAUUGCUUGUCUCUGUUUAUGUUAAUAUAUGGAUCUGGGAAUGC